AUGACCGCCCUUCUUGUUGUGCUGUUACUGUCCGUGGUGGUGGUAACCAUCGCUCUUCUGGCUCACUUCUUAAUCCCUGGCCAGAAAAUGGAGUAUUAUCAUGGCACCUUCAAAAUUUCAGAUGUACGAAUCAAUAGCAAUUCUGGACAAAACAGCACAUAUCAACUUAAGGGCUUAAGGGAGAUAAGUGAAAAUUUGGUGGAUGAGAUAUUUAUACAUUCGGACUUGAACAAGCACUAUAUCAAGAACCGAAUAGUCAGACUGACUCCAGAGGAAGAUGGUGUGAAAGCAGAUGUCAUUAUGGUGUUCCAGUUCUCCUCUACUGAGCGAAGAGCAGUAAGAGAGAAGAAAAUCCAUAGCAUCUUAAAUGAGAAGAUAAGGAAUACAAGAGCUUUGUCAAUAAAUGCCUCAUCAGUUCAAGUUAAUGGUUGUGGAAAACGAGCUGUUCCAUUAAUAGUUAACAGAAUAAUGUCUGGAGACAUUGCAGCCAAGGCUGCCUGGCCUUGGCAAGCUUCCCUUCAGCGUAAUAACAUCCAUCAGUGUGGGGCCACCUUAAUUAGUAAUAUGUGGCUUGUCACCGCAGCACACUGCUUUAAGAAUAAAGUAAAUCCACAUGAAUGGACUGUUAGCUUUGGAACAACAAUCAAACCUCCUUUAAUGAAAAGAAAUGUCAAAAGAAUUAUUGUCCAUGAGAGGUAUCACUCCCCAGCAAGAGAGUAUGACAUUGCCGUUGUGCAGUUCUCUCCCAGAGUCACCUUUUCAGAUGACAUACGUCGGAUUUGUUUGCCAGAAGCCUCUGCGUCCUUCCGACCAAAUUCAACUGUCUACAUCACAGGAUUUGGAGCACUUUUCUACGGCGGGGAAUCCCAAAAUGAUCUUCGAGAAGCCAGACUGAAAAUCAUAAGUGAUGAUGUGUGCAAGCAACCACAGGUGUAUGGUGAUGAUAUAAAAUUUGGGAUGUUUUGUGCCGGAUAUCUGGAAGGAAUUUACGACGCCUGCAGGGGUGAUUCUGGGGGACCUUUAGUUGCAAAGGAUCUUAAAGAUACCUGGUAUCUUAUUGGAAUAGUGAGCUGGGGAGAUAACUGUGGUCAAAAGAACAAACCUGGAGUGUAUACACAAGUCACUUAUUACCGAAACUGGAUUGCUUCAAAAACAGGCCUCUGA